AUGUUGGAACGCCUGGGACGCAUCAAAUCCAAGGUACUACGACGGACAGACUCGCCCGGUAGAGCUGAGAGUGAGCCCGAAACCCCGCAGAUACCAGAGCCUCACCCCCAGGGCCUCCACAAGUUAUUCCCCGAAGAUGAAAACCAGCCGGGAUCGCCAGGACCGCAAGGACCGCAAAAAUACCCAGUGGACAUCAUUGCAGUCCAUGGCCUCAAUGGAGGUUCGUACUCCACCUGGACUCACAAGCCAGACAAGACGCUAUGGCUGCGUGAUCUCCUCCCGGGGUUUUUGCCAGGAUGCCGGGUCUAUACCUACGGCUACCCCUCUCAAAUCUUCUCCGAAUCGUUCGGACGGGUGCACGACUUCGCACGGAGGCUCCUAAUCGAGAUAAGAGACCUCCAGGACGGCUCGACUACGCGCCCGCGUCCUAUUAUUUUUGUGUGCCAUAGUCUUGGAGGCAUCGUCUUCAAACAGGCACUAGUACUGGCACAUCAAGACGACAAACUCUACGGACAAGUGUUGAAAUCCGUCGUUGGCGUAGCGUUUCUGGCAACUCCUCACAGGGGUAGUGACGUGGCAAAAUUUGGCAAUGUUGUGGGCACUAUUAUCAACACUUUCAUGGCGACUGCGACGUCUGGGGCACGACCUAGAGCGGUCAGGACUGAUUUACUGCAUCAUCUCAGGCCUCACUCCGACGGGCUUCAGGACCUCAAUGAGGCAGCUCGAGGGCGUUUACAAAGCCUCGCUGUGGUUUCCUUUUAUGAACUGAAUCCAACAAGUCCUCUAUCCUCACUGAUUGUUGACCGCACGUCUGCUACGAUAGGCAUUGCUCAUGAGGAAGUAUUUCCCAUGUAUGAAGAUCACACAAGUAUUUCACGCUUCCCUGGUGACACCAAGAGCUACAAGAUGAUAGCCAGUGCGAUUCGCAGGAUGGCUGCUCAAUCAGCAGAUACUAGUCACUCGCUUGGGCGAGUUAGCACUCACUCUUCCAACAGAACCCUGAGUGAGGUCGAAAGAGCGUGCGUAAAAUUGCUCCACCAGAACCGUCGUCUGGAUCAGGACGAUGACAAGUCCAGGCCACCAAAGCCACUCCCAGGUACAUGCCAGUGGAUUCGCAGCCACGAGUCGUUUGUAUCUUUUCUUGGAAAAGGCGGCAAUGCCCUUCUGUGGUUGACGGGACAUCCGGGCUGUGGCAAGACAAUGUUGUCUUUCUCUCUUUACAGAUAUUUCGAGGAGCAUUAUGCGAAUGUGAAAUCUGUAAACGUCCUCAUUUACUUCUGCAGUAGUACAUACAGCAAACAGACUGAUGCAAGGGAAGUACUCAUCGGUCUCAUUUUUCAAAUCAUUAGUCGCCAUCGCUCCAUGAUUUCACAUGUUCGACGGGUGUUCGAAGUGCAAGGACAAAGCAUGAUGGAGUCAUUCUCUUCUCUUUGGAAUAUUUUCCUUGGCAUCGUAAAAGACCCAAAAGCUGGCACUCUGUACAUCAUUCUGGACGCUCUGGAUGAGUGUGAGAAGCAGUCAUGCAAAAGGCUCAUCGCAGCAAUAUCCGAAAUACUUGAAGAGUCGGUGAGAAGCAAUACUCGAGUUAAGUUCCUGAUAACGAGCCGACCGUUCCUCCAUGAAACCUAUGCUCGCUCGAACCGAGCUCUUCAACAACAAAUAUCCAUUGACAACGGACAAACUGGCUACGUGGAAGACCUUGAAAGAUACAUCCAACAGAGAGUGGAGGAGAUCUCCAUUAAUCGGAAAUAUCCAAGCCAUGUGAGAGAUUACCUGUUGGAAACCAUGCGUGCCAAAGCCGAUCGGACAUUUCUUUGGAUUCACAUGGUUCUUGCGUCUGUUGAGGAAAGCCUGCUUAGCUCCAUAUCGGACUUCCGUGGCAUAAUCAGCAGCAUUCCCGAUGAGCUUGCGGACACAUAUAUGCGAUAUUUGUCUGCUAUUUCUUCUAAACAUCAACAUCAAGCUGCGCAUUUCAUAAAACUUUUAUUAGCAAGCUCAAGACCUCUGGAACUAGACGAGCUUAAUAUUGCAUUUACCAUCAAAGAUUCGCACGGUACUGCCGAGGACGUCGAGCUGGAUGCCCAGACAGCUUUCUCACAUACUGUCCAGGGAAUUUUAGGCCCACUUGCCAGAGUUCACGGAUCUCAAAUAUCUCUUGUUCAUCAGUCGCUGAAAGAAUUCCUCCUGGGGACUGCCGAAAAGCCUAGAAGCUUUUGUGCCACACAUGCAGUAAACACAAAAGGCUCGGCCUUGCAAUUGGCUUCCGCCUGCAUCCAAUAUCUACGGCUUGAUGAUUUCGGGAAUGAUUUAUUUUCUUCUGAUGUCGUUCCCAAUCUUCACGAUGAGCUGCCUGUAGGUGACUCCGGAGGCACUUUUUGGGAUGAAGGGCCUACCCUUGACUCGGAUUUGUUAUUCCUCGACCCAGAUGUGCUCCAUCCGAAGAUUUGCGAUUCAAUCACCUCGAAAUAUGGCUUCUAUAGCUAUGCAUCGUUGCACUGGGCAGAGCACUUUGCGCUUUGCGAGGAGUCCGCAUCCGACAUGCUCAGAGACGCAGCCACGGAGCUGCUAGAUGUUAAGAAAGCGAGUUGCCGCAACUGGCUACAGUUUUACCGCACAAAAUCUGUUGAUUUCCUGGAUGACGGAUUCAUUGACCAGCAUCCGAUCGUGUUGGCAGCGUAUUUCAACCUGCAAACUGCGCUCAAGGAUCUGCUCGGGAGCGGGAAUACACCUCUGGCCGUGAAAAAUAGAGGCCUGUUCUGGGCGUGUCGGCUUGGCCAUGGCAGCGUCGUUACUACUCUGCUCACGGCGGGAGCUGAUCCAAAUUCCCGGGAGGUUCAACAACAGAGUGCACUUACAGUUGCCUCCCAACAUGGCCAUUUGGAAUGUGUCAUGACCGUGAUGGCACUCGAAAGAACUGACAUCAAUGCAGGAGGACGAAGAGGUAGGAACGCACUAUCAUUCGCAUGCGGCAAUGGACACGAAAGCAUUGUGAAGAAGCUGCUGGCCCGUAAGGACUGCAAUGCCGACCAUAUGGACGAUUCCAAGGCCACUCCAUUUUUUUGGGCUGUCGGAGGAGGACAUCACUCCAUCAUCUCAACUCUGGCAAGGCACCCGGCCGUUAAUAUUAACCACCAGGAUAAGAACGGACGCACGGCUGUUUCGUGGGCUGCCGGGGAUGGAAUGGAUGACACGUUAAAACUCUUGCUCAAAAUUCCAGGCAUCGACGUCAAUCUCCAAGACACAAAAGGGAAAUCACCCCUUUCCUGGGCCGCAGAUUACGGCUGUGCCAAUACAGUUGCCGUACUCCUCGAGAGCACGGCCGUGGACAUAUUGAGCGUCGAUGAGACGGGGAGAAACGCAAUAUCAUGGGCCGCGGGGGGGGGGCACUAUGAUUGCCUAGUUAAGCUCCUUGGCAAGAGAAAGGUCGGUGCAGAUGUUGAAGAUACAGCAGGAUGGACGCCCCUGGCGUGGGCUAUUCAUAAAGACUCGCCAAAGACUAUCCACACUCUGAUUUCAGACGGAGGUGUCGACAUCGAACGAAUGGACCGUAGCGGAAGGACGGCGUUAAACUGGGCGGUUGAAUACGGACACGCGCCUGUCGUGCAGGUGCUUCUGCAGGCCGGAGCCAGCCCUGAUUCGAGAGGAAAUGGAGGCGGAUCGGCGAUACGCACAGCUAUACGGUUCGGGCGAAAUGACUUGCUAGAUAUGCUUAAAAAGUAUAGCAUUGAAUGGGAAACCGAUUAA